UCGAGAAAUUUUGAAGCACAAGGAAAAUGGAAGAAAAGAAAAUUUUGUGGCUGGCCUUGAUCCUUUACAUGAUCGCUGCACCCGUUUACUGUCGAUAUUACUCUCAAAGCGUGCCAUAUGCAUCCCUGCGGAAGAAAGUUAGCAAGCUCCACUUCUUUUUCCAUGACAGAAUUAGCGGCAAAAAUCCUACUUCUGUCCUUAUAGCUCGUCCUAACAUCACCAAGGAGGAUAAGUCACCAGCGCUGCCAUUCGGCAGCUUAUUUGCCGUUUAUGAUCCGUUAACAGUAGGUCCUGAACCGACAUCUGAGGUCAUUGGUCAUGCAGAGGGACUCUAUGUAUCAUCCAGCCAAGAUGUCUUGACACUAGUAACAUAUCUUGAUUUCGGUUUUACCUCAGGCAGGUUUAAUGGGAGCUCUUUAAGCUUGUUUUCAAGAAAUCCAGUAACAGAGAAGGAACGUGAAGUUGCUGUUGUUGGAGGGAGAGGAAAGUUCAGGAUGGCUAGAGGGUUUGCUCGGCUUAAGACCCGCUUCACAAAUGAAACUGCUAGCGGUACCGUUGUAGAGUGUCGUGCGACUGUGUCCGUGGCUAGCCGUCAGAUUUGGUCGCCGUCCGAUGAGCCCUCCAACCGGCGAUCAACCUCAAAUAGCAUCUACAAAACCGAUCCGAGGUCCAAUUGUCGCGAUACUGCUGGAAAUGCCUCCAAAACUGGGUGGAAGUCCGCUAGCCCUCUGACAUCCGUGGGGAAUGGGCGGGGAGGAGAAGCUCCAGCGACGACCAUUGCAUCCCGGAAAAGUCCGGACGUGGACUCCAAUUCUCCUUCGAAGGAACAGAAGGCAGCAGCUCCCAAAUCCAUGCACAUACAAACGGACUCCUCAAAGAUGGAAAUCUAA